AUGCUAUUCCUACGUUGGGGGUUCGCAGCAAUGGAGGAUAAAAGUCGCACCGACGACGGCUGCGAGGAGCGGGGAAAUGGUGCCACAGCAGCCGCGGCGCUCGACAGCGUCGCGAGCGGCAAGAAGAAGAACAAGAAAAAAUCCAAGGGCCGCGCAGCAGGCAACGCGACGCAGCCCGCGGACGCAGGCAAUGAGAAGGGAAGCAGCAGCGGCAGCAGCAGUGCGGCGUUGCCUAGUCAGGGCGAGGUGGCGGCUCGUUUCCACUGGCGCGUGGAGGUCAAGCCGGGCAAGGGCCGAUGCGCCAUCGCUAGCAAGUCGUUCGAGCGCGGGCAGGUGGUUCUGGCGGAGACGGCGCUGCUGUUCGUGCCUCGCGAUGCGUACCAUGCCGUGCUCUGCCACUGCUGUGGUCACACGUUCGGGGACAGCGGCGAUGGCAGUCAUUCGUCGCCCCUCCCGUGCCAUGGCUGCGGCUUCGCUGUCUUCUGCUCCGUGCGUCCCGUUCAACCUACCUCUACCCAUUCCAAAACCCUACCUAAACCCCCUCUUGAACCCUGA